UUCUAAUGUGGACGGGGUUUUCUUCAGACGAAUCUCCCAAUUCAACUUUAUUGCACUAGGUUUAUAUAUAUAUGGGACCUGCAAGGAGCACUUACUUUAAAAUCUCCUGAUUAUUUAUUGGUAUACAAUUAUUAGGUACCUUCAUACACUGGGAAAUUGUCGGAGAUGGAAAACCCAGCAUUCUCUGAGAGAGAUGGAAUGGAACUUAAACAAAGAGAGACGAACAGUGAAGAACAAGGUCCGAAUGUAAAAGUAGAUGUUCAGGCGAUCAAACUUAAGCGGAGUCUGGGCCUCAUCAGUGGUACCUCGAUCAUUGUAGGAACUAUCAUAGGAUCAGGAAUUUUCAUUUCUCCUAAAGGGGUGCUCCAGGAGACAGGAUCGGUGGGACUCAGUCUAAUAGUAUGGACAGCAGGAGGUCUUUUGUCACUAAUGGGUUCUCUCUCUUAUGCUGAGCUUGGAACUCUGAUAACAAAAUCAGGAGGGGAAUACCCUUACAUGAUGGAAGCUAUGGGAAGAGUAGUGGCUUACCUGUUCGCAUGGACCAAGAUCAUUGUACUCACCCCAUCCUCCAUGGCCAUCAUUUGUCUGACCUUUGCUGAGUACUUCAUUACUUUGUUUGACUUUUGUGGAGAGCCACAAAUACCGAAGAAACUUGUCGCUGCGCUUGCUAUGAUUACUCUGGCAAUAGUAAAUUGCUGGGAUACCAAACUUGCAGCCAGUGUACAGGUCUUUUUCACUGCGGCUAAGCUAAUAGCUCUCUUUAUCAUCGUCAUCGGAGGUCUGGUGUGGCUAGGGAAAGGAGAGAUUGAGACACUGCAGACAGGAUUCGACGGCUCCACUAAUUCUCCCUCAGCAGUGGCUCUUGCUUUUUACGAUGCUCUCUGGGCUUAUGACGGAUGGAAUAAUUUAAAUUAUAUUACAGAGGAGUUGAAAAAUCCAUAUGUGAACCUACCUCGUGCUAACACUAUAGGAGUACUUCUGGUGACAGUCAUUUAUGUCUUGGCUAAUAUUUCCUACCUCGCUGUACUUGGGAAAAAUGGUCUUCUUAACUCAAGUGCUGUGGCUGUGGAAUGGGGCGAAAUUGUCAUGGGGAAAGAUGUUGCCAUCAUAAUGCCCAUCUUUGUCAUGUUUUCAACAUUUGGUGCCGCCAAUGGGUCUCUUUUUGCCGGCGUCAGAACAUUGUAUGUUGCUGCCCGAGAAAACCAAUUUCCCGAAGUUCUGUCAUACGUUAGUGCGCGGCGCCUUACUCCAAUUCCAUGUAUCAUAUUCACGACUGUGAUUGCCCUUCUGAUGUUAAUUCCUGGAGAUAUUGGAAGCCUGAUCGACUUCUUUAGUUUUGCUGCCUGGAUGUUUUAUGCGUUAGCCAUUAUAUGUCUGAUUAUAUUGAGGUUCAAAUGGAAGGACGCUAAAAGACCAAUCAAGAUCUUUAUCCUGUUUCCGGUUAUUUUCUUACUGUGUUCAUUGUACUUGGUUGUUGCUCCGAUCAUACAAGAUCCUAGAAUAGAGUUCCUCUACGCUUUUCUGUUCAUUGUUGGAGGACUCCUGUUGUACAUACCAUUAGUUCACUUUAAGAUUGACAGAGGCUGUUUUGAUCCGGUUACGCUGUUCUUUCAACUGUUUAUGGAAGUUGGUCCAAGUCCAUAUGUGCCUGAUUAUGACUAGCCCAGCUUCAAAAAUGUUUAAUUUGAUUCAACAGUAUUCUGAAAACGAUGAAAUCCAGUAUUCAAGUGGAAAUGUAAAGCAAAGGGAGAGGCAAUUUACAUGGAUACAUUUCAUAACCUUUGUUAGAGAAACCUCAAGUUAAAUAUUUAUCUAUUUUUAAGAAGCAAAAACGGCGCUUAACUGGAAAGUUAAGCAGUUACAUGUGAUAAGUUAUUGAAAAUAAAAAUAAGUGAACUCAUACGGGGGAAGGGUGUUCAGCCAUGAUGUAGGUCUACUGUCUCCUUAACCGUUUUUAAAAAGGUAGUUCCAUAUUUAUAUAACUUUUUUUAAAAUUAAACCAGGUUUAAAUUGAAUCUUUACUAACUCAUAUUAUCAUUUCAACUAUCGAUUUUUAAUUUUAUUCUAAAAAAAAAAGAAAUCCUUGUUGAUACUAAUUUUUUCUUCUUCAGUUUUUAGCUUUCUGGGUAGAGUUUAAUUUAAAGUUUAAAUGAUUUUUUGUACUUUCAAAGUCCCCUGAUUUGUGUUCACGCUGAUGAUCCAUGUAUUUUUUAAAUCAUAGAAUAAAUUGAAUAUAAAAUUAAAUGACUAUUGUACAUUCCCAGCCAUUAAUACCAGUUUAACAGGUGCUUUUAUAUAAAUAUUAUUUUUUAGAUUAGUUAGGUCCAUUAUAGUACAUGCAUAAUCAAAGAAGGAAAAGCUUUAACUAGUUAUUUCAUACUAUUUACUGUAUAUUUUACUGAUUUACAAAGUAUAUAAUUUGAA